ACUCAGAACCACUUUACCAUGUCAUGUUCAGCAAGCAUUUGGAGGAGCAUCAGUUGGAAUCUUCUUUUUGAAUAGCAGUUUAUUUUAUUCAUAUCUUUCCUCGCAAUCACAUUUUUUUCGCCUUUUAAUUUUUACAAGAUGACAUCUGCUGGAAUUAAGUUCAAAUCAGAAGCUACUGAUACUGAGGCAUCAGAUAGUAAAAAUGACCUUGGUGCAAACCCUUUGAUCUCUGUGACACAGAGUACUCCAGUUAUCGACAAAAAGCGUCAAGUGGCUCCUGUAAAUCAGUUACAAGUUCCUUCUCAGCGUCAACGCUCCAAUUCUUUAAGGGAAGAAUCACCAGAAGAACAGCAAAAGUUUCUCAGUAUGAUCACUCAUGGCCAGCGUGGACGUAUAGAGGACCAGAGCUGCGUUUUGAGUCCUAACGCAGAUCGGGAUUUUUUUUUUAACAUUUUGACACGAGCUCAAAGUGGACGGCUAGAUGACCAGCGAGUAUCACUUUCAUCAUUAUCAGCAUCACAGAAUGAAAUUGGUUACAAUAAAGGAGAUUCAAGCUGCUUGUUUCAGAUGGUCUCAAAAGCCCAGGGUUCCAGGAUGGAUGACCAAAAGUGUUGCCUGCCUCAGCAUCAAGGUCCACAGGCCCAUAUUUAUGAAAAUAAUUCAAAAUUAUCACCUGCUUCGGGUACAGCGCGCUCAGCCUCCUUCAGCAUAAACUCAGAUGUAAAUCCAAAAAAUAAAGAGAAACAACGAAGUGCGUUAAAUGAUGAUCCUCAAGGGUUGCACAGUUCCAAACUCACUCGAAGCACAACGCCACAAGAUGAUGAGAAACUCUUCAGUUUGGUCGCAAACUCCCAGGGCAGACGACUUGAUGACCAGCGUAUGUUUCUUCCAUCAUUACCAGGAAUACAGAACAGAGGCACCAUAUCAAGAGUAACUCCUGCUGAAAUGGAUGAAAGAUAUUUAUGCUAUUUAGUUUCAAGAGUCCAGGGCUCAAGGAUGGAGGAACAAAGAUGCUCUGCACCACAAAUCCUAAAAAAUUUGAACAACCCAUCGACUGAGCACAGAAAUCUCAUAAAUGAUGCAUCUGAUAAACCUCCUGAGAGUACAGCUGUCUUUAAUGCUCCUCAACAUUGGCAGGAUUUAUCUGCAGCUGAGCAGGAGCCUUUUUUUGAUAUGAUAACACAUUCUCAAAACGGUCGAAUGGAAGACCAACGAUGCUAUUUACAACCUUGCCGAAGUACAGCCGCCACUCAAGUGCACAAUGGCGGCCCUUUGAAUAAUGGGCUCAUGGGGUCAAAACCUAUCGCAUUCGUCAACAGUAAGAACUCCAGUCAAGCAGUCAGGCUACAAGAUCAACAUUCUCCAGGAACAAGUCGAAUAUCUGAAGCAAAGAAAAACGCAUCACCAACAUAUAUUAUUGUGAAUGAAGGAACACCUGCUACAUCAAGGAAGUCCUUUCGCAGAAGUUCCUCUCAGCCCCAAAUUUUUGAUGCAGAUUCAAGCUCUACCUUGGCCUUACCAAAGUCUGCUUCAUUUACCCCUGAGACUGAAUUCAGGAUGAAUCAAAACUCUCAAGCACAGAUGACAUUGAAAGUAUCACUGAGUGUGACACCACCACAGCCAGGAAUGAAGAAUGACUAUCAAGUACCAGAAGUCUUUCUUACUCUUGGUGCUCCAGGAGAGAAUGUUGUGAUUCCUCUUAGUCCAGUAUUUGGCAGACCACUAUCUUUGGACUUAAACCUUGUCCCCAAAAAAGAUGUUAAAUCUAGGCAUAACUCUCCAAGAACGGGAAGUCCAAGGAAAGUGAACUCACGGCCAUCAUCUCCCUACCGGGAACAAGGACAUCCUGUAACUAUAGGCCCAAAUCAGAAAGAUAAACUUUUGACCUGUUCUGUCAGCCCAAAUAAAGAAUGCUUCUUUAUGAAAAAGAAUAUAAACCCUGCCCAGAUGCACACAGGGACAGAUUUAGGACGAGAGAAAUGUCAAGGGAUUCAUAAAAAAGGAAGAGAGAGAGUAGAGCAGGGAAAGGGAGUUGGAAAGAAAGAUAAUAAAUAAGUCUCAUUGUAUAUUAUCUGUACAUAAACAUAAUAGUUAAAUAUAAAAUGUCAGAAAAAAGUUAGACUUAGAAUUUAGGUUGUUUUUUUUUUCAAAGUUUUGUUGACAUUAGUGGCCUUUAUUUGAAAAUAGUUCAACAGGAAAGACGGUAAUGAGAGAGAGGAAAUACAUGCGGCAAAUGUCGCCAGUCUGGGAAUCCAGCCUGCGACUACUGCCACGAGGAUUAAGGCCUCCACGUGGGUCAUGCUUUGCCCCUUGUGCCACCACAGCAUCACUAGAAUGUUUUUUUUGUUUGCUUUGUCUUGAAAUAGUCAAAUAAUUUAUAAGCCUCUGUUGAUUAAAUUGAAUUAUUGAUUUUAGGGGUGCUGUGAUGGCGCAGGGGUUAAGCACAACCUACAUAUGGGGGCCUUGGUUCUCGGCAUGACUGUUUCAAGUCCGAUUCCCGGCCUGGUGUCCUUUGCCACAUGUCUUCCCCUUUCUCUCAUUACCUACUGUACUGUCAAUUUACUAUCAAAUAAAAGUCACUAGAACCAUUAAAAUCUUUCUCAUUUUUUUUUAAAUACAGAUUUUAAUAAAAAUAUUUGGAAUUAAAGAUUUAUAUAAAGUAUAUAGGUCUAUAUGUUUGCUUUAGCUUGUCUUUUGAGGUAUAGUGUAGAAAUCAGUUUUUCUGCCAUAUUUGCACUGUAAAAAGUAAAUUUUCCUUUUCUGUAUACUAAAGGAAUAAAAACAGUUGUGACAUGUUGAACCAUUUGUUGAAAGUUAAAUACCUAAAUGAAAUAAAAUAAAUGAAAACUUC